UGUGUCCCUGUGGACGCUUUUAUUUUGUAUAACUACCGGAAGUAGUUCCUGUGUACUGACGCUAGCUGGGUAGCUAGCGCCGCAUCGCUUAAAAAGCAGCCGGGCUUGUCUUAAACUUAAGAGGCUGACACUCGCUAAACCACCCGAUCGCUCGCCAAGCGACUGUUUCACACUGGACUUAUUUUUCGUUUAUAUGGGCCGAUGAUGCUGGUCGAUGAGGAAAAACUAACUGAGUUGUUUGGUGGUGGCUAACGCGGAGCUAGCUAGCCACCGGUAUGUGUCUCUUUCCCCUCAUAUGUGGGGAAAGAAACAUGUGAGGCGGCCGCCGAUCGACCGGUUUUCAGGUGAGAAUGUAGGUGUGUAAACGUCAAAUAUCUGCUCGUUUUGUCAAAACAUCCCAUAUUAGCAACAGAUUUCUCACGAUGUUGCUGCUAGCCGGCUAGCUAGCUCGGCUAGCUAGCGCCGCUUCGCUCAAAAGCACCCAGGCUUGGCUUUCAGUGAGGCGUCUCUAACUCCUUUCACCCCCGAUCGCUCCGCAAACAGUCUUUGUCUUAGCUGGACUUAUUUUUCGUUUAUAUGGGCCGAUGAUGCUGGUCGAUGUGGAAAAAAUAACUGAGUUGUUCAUAUACCGGUGGCUAGCUAGCUCCGCGUUAGCCACCGGUAUAUGUCUCUUCCCCUCGUAUGCGGGGAAAGAAACACCGAUCGACCGGUGGUGGCUAACGCGGAGCUCAAUCGUGGAUAAGGGAAACCCAAUACAGGAGAAGCAGGCGGCUGGUGAACUGAAUUUCAGGUUUUUACACUAGUCUGGUGCCAGGUGUGUCCACGUCGAUGCCAGUGCCCUAAAGAGCCUCCCAUGUGUCCCCCUGGGGUGCCUCUGGUUCUGGAUGAUUGCAUCUGCUGCCUGGUGUGCGCCCGUCAAAAAGGGCAGGCGUGCUCUGACAUGAACCCCUGUGACACACGUAAAGGGCUCCAAUGUGACUACUCAGCUGACAUCCACAAGAGGACUGGUAUUUGUGCAGCUCCCAAGGUAGCUGUGUGUGUUAUAGACGGCUCUGUCUACCAGAACGGUCAGACCUUUUUCCCCAGCUGUAAGUACCAGUGCAUAUGCCGCGACGGGCAGGUAGCAUGUGUGUCACGCUGCAACGUGGAUGUUAUGCUGCCUGGACCAGACUGCCCCAUGCCACGCAGGAUCCAGGUGCCUGGAGAGUGCUGCGAGAAGUGGGUGUGUGAGCCCCAGGCUGGGGCCAGUGCACUGGGCGGCUUUGCCAUGGCAGCCUACCGUCAGGAAGAAACUGUGAGUUUUGACGCUUGGGACCGGAGCCUGAACUGCAUUGAGCAGACUACAGAGUGGGGAGCGUGCUCUCAAACGUGCGGCAUGGGGGUGUCCACCAGGGUCACAAAUAAGAACAGCCGGUGUGAGAUGGUGAAGCAGAGUCGGCUGUGUAUGAUUAGACCCUGCGAUGAGCAGCAGGUCCAGCUGACACAGCUUGCACAACAGAGAGGCAGUAGGUGCCAGAAGAUGGUGAGGAGCAGCAAAGCCAUUCACCUCUCCUAUAAGAACUGCACCAGCGUCCAAGCCUACAAACCUCGGUUCUGUGGCUCCUGCACAGACGGACGCUGCUGCACCCCUCACAGAACCAAAACCGCGCUGGUGGAGUUCCAGUGUGCUAAUGGGAAAACUACACGGAGGCCCGUCAUGGUGAUCACGACGUGCGCCUGCCACCGCCACUGCCCUCGAGACAAUGCUGCGUGGCCGCCCUCAGAGCUGGGUUACACUGGCAUGCGAAUAUAGAUCAGGGAGUACCCAAAAGUUUAUUAGUGAGAUCACAAUUAUCACCAGAGUGUGGCUAAUGACUCUGUUUUAAAACCAUCUAUAUCUUUAGUAUAAAUGAAGAACUAUACACACUAUAUUCAAUAGAGCCAUAAUUUGGGACAUGUACACAUCUGACAUCUGUCCAUUGUGGUACAUGUAUUCAUGUAUUCAUUUUUUGAUUCCCCUGGUGAGGAAUUGUUUCACAUCCUGUGGAAGAUAAAAAAAUCUUUACUUUUAUUAAGUACGAUGAAAGCACUUAAACCUUAUGACUGGAAUGGAUUCCAUCUGAUGCCUCUUCACUUUUGGAGAUCAGAUACAGCAUACUGCAAUCCUUCCAUAAUAGAUUUGGACAGAUGAGUGUAGGCUGUAAAGAGUCUUUUAAACACCCUCUAUUAAAGAGGUAGAGUAGUAUGAUGAUAUACAAGCACAGGGUUGUGUCAUGACUGUACGAAGCCUUUCUCCAACAUAGUGUUUAUUGCUAAUAAACGCAAGAAUACCCUGUAUCAGAAUAAAUGUUACUGUACAGCUUGACACUUGGAUUAAAAUUCAUAUUGAUAAACAGACAGAAAAGAGGAGAGUGAGAGCAAAGGUUACAACCAGAGGCGAUCAGUAACCUUUUCUCCCACCGUGAGACACGUUUUUGAAAUAGCUGAACUGUUUACUUUGGACAUGGUUGCAAACAAAAGCUCAACCGGUGAAAGAGAGUUCACUGUGGUGUCUAAGUGCCAUUUCUAACAUUGUCUUGAAAUCUUGCCUCUGUUUUAAAUGUACGCUUUUUAUUUCUAGUGGACUUGUUUCUGUAGUUUUAUUUAAAGUAGUGCACGUAACAGCUAUUUUGAUCAUGACAAAAGUUUUGUAAAUACUUGCUGUGUAGCCUGUUUGACCGAGUGUGUAUUGAAUACACAGUUAACUGGUAAUAUUAAACACAAAUUGUAUAUAUUUUUUCUGCUUGAUCCUUUUCAGCUUCUUUUUGUACGUUUCUGAACAAAAAUUGCAAAUCCCAGCAUUUGAAAUAAAGGUGUAUUUUUUUGUAUGAAA